AUGGCAGAGGGCUCCGAGAAGGUGCCGAUCGCCCGAGUGGGGCCCGACGAUGUGGAGCUGUGCCUGCCCCCCGCGUACGCGGCUGCCGCGCCCCCCGGACCGGGGCGGCUGCUGAAGGCCGGGGCCGCAGUGCUGAUCGCCGGGGCCCUCCUGCUGCUGGCCGGGGCCAUCGGCGCCUUCUACUUCUGGAAAGGCACGGAGCGGCAGGUGUACAACGUUCACUAUACUAUGAGCAUUAAUGGAAAAGUACAAGAUGGAUCAAUGGAAAUAGAUGCUGGAAACAACUUAGAGACAUUCAAAACAGGAAGUGGGAGUGAAGAGGCAGUUGAAGUUCAUGAUUUUCAGAUCGGCAUAACUGGGAUCCGUUUUGCUGAAGGAGAAAAGUGUUACAUCAAAGCUCAGCCAAAAGCUCACAUCCCUGAAGUUGAUGCUAUGGCUAAAGCGAGCCUCUCAUCUGAGCUGGAAGAUGAAAUCAUGCCUGUGAGAUUUGACAAAAACUCCCUUAUCUGGGUGGCUGCAGAUGAGCCUAUCAAGCAUAACAGCUUCCUAAGCCCCAAAAUUCUAGAGCUUUGCAGGGAUCUUCCAAUUUUCUGGCUGCGACCAACAUAUCCCAAAGAUAACCAAAGGAGACAAAUGAAGAGAAACAAGCGCCAGUCAGAACCAAACUUCGAUGAGGAAGACUUGGAAGCUGCUUCUGAAGAAGUAAACCCCAGGUCACGCACCGUGCAGCUGACUCAAGAGCUUGGCCACCAGGCUAAUGAAACCAGGCCAAUGGGACAAGAAACUGAUCAAACAUUUAAUCCAGACAACCCAUACAAUCAGCUGGAAGGUGAAGGGAUGGCCUUUGACCCCAUGCUGGAUCACCUGGGCGUGUGCUGCAUUGAGUGCCGGCGCAGUUACACGCAGUGCCAGCGGAUCUGCGAGCCCCUCAUGGGCUUCCAGCCGUGGCCCUACAACUACCAGGGCUGCCGCAGCGCCUGCCGCGUCAUCAUGCCCUGCAGCUGGUGGGUCGCUCGCAUCAUGGGCGUUGUGUGAGGAAAUCCCUUGAGCAAAACAAAACAAACUCAACUGGAGCCUUGACAAAAUGAGCAGGAAUACAAUGAACUGGUAAAAGACUAAAACCAAAGCAGCGGUACCGAUCCUGCCUUACAAAAUCAGAGCCUGUUUUUCUGCACCAAAAGCAAGGUCAGAUAUUCCAACUGCAAAUUAAAUGCUCAAGUUAAUAUUCCAUUAGCUUUACAAGAGGGAAGGGUAUAAUAGCACUUGCUGAAUUAAAAAACUGAGACAUCCCGAAAAAAGACAACAUUAAACUUCUCUCAAAAUUGGUUUAGC